AUGGAUCAUUCGCACUUAGCUAAACGUUUGGAUACGAGUUCAGCAGAUCAGAUUUCGGGAAAGGGUGAUGAAGGAAGAGCGGCUGCUGCAGGCACAGCAAUCGGGGAAGCAGAAGCAGGGGAUGGGAAGGGGGGGAAGGCAAGCAAGGGUGCUGCUAACGGAGGUGCCGUUCAGACUGGAGGUGGUGAAGGAUGGCACCGUGGCCGAGGAGAUGGCCGUGUGAGUGGUGGAGAGUUGUGGGGAUGGUCGAGUGGUGGGGAUGGCUCUGCCAAGAGCGCUUACAUGUUUGGCCGCAUCGACCGCUGUGACUGCGUGCUGCAUGUGCUCUCUCACUCACCGAGUUCUGCCAAGCGAGCAUACAUGUUUGGCCGCAUCGACCGCUGUGACUUGGUUCUCUCUGCCAAGAGCGCAUACAUGUUUGGCCGCAUCGACCGCUGUGACUUUCUGCUGCAGCAUCCCUCCAUCUCCCGCUACCAUGCUGUGAUCCAGUACGGGGACGACAGCGCUGCAUUUCUCAUGGACCUCCACAGCACCCACAAGACGUUCCUCAACAAGCAGCAGGUGAAGCCAGGCACGUUCGUUACCCUGAGGGUUGGUGACGUCAUCAAGUUUGGCAUGUCGUCACGCCUGUAUCUCUUCCAAGGGCCUCAGGACCUCAUGCCUGAGAUGCCCCCCCCCCCACCCAGCAUCCUAUCCCCCCAGGAAGAUCCCUCCCGUGCAGAACGCGAUAAUGAAAUUCUUUUGAGGCGUCCCACAACCAAUACGUUAUCGUUCAACCCCCAACAACCUAUCCACACAGGAGGGUCUGUCACCCCCGGAGCGCCGAGCAAAACGGGGCCGAGCAAAACAGCGGAGAGCACGAUAGUAAACUCGUGCCGAGACACCUCACAUCACAACAGAUUCAUUGUCGCCUCGCCCACCCACAUUCCAUCCGCACAGGAAGGACCGUCGCGCGCAGAGCGGCAAGCAAAGCGGCAGGCUGCAGCAAGGGAGGCGGCAAGGGAGGCAGCGGAGAGGGAGCAGCGGCGGGCCGUGGCAGCAGGACGAGGGGAAGGGGAGGAGCAGGGCGGAGGGGUGUCGUGGGGCAUGCGGGAAGACGCUGAGGCGGAGGAGGGUGUCGUGGGGCACAUGGGAGGAGUGUCGUGGGAAGAUGCAGAAGCGGAUGAGGUGAGAGUGAGAGAGAGUGGCGAGGCUGGGGGGUUGCUCGGAAGUAGAUGGCUCAAGCCCAUGGGGGCCACGUGGGGACGGGUGUCGCGGGGCAUGCGGGAGGGGUGUGGCGGGGCAUGCGGGAAGAUGCAGAAGCAGAUGGGGUGA